AUGCCGCCUUCGCAAUUGAAGCAGCUGAAGGCUUCGCUUCGGGAUAGCGGGGUCAUCCGCCCCCAGCAGUCUAAGAAGCAAAAGCGCGAGAACGCGAAGACCGGUGCCUCAGCGCAAAAUCGGAACCAGCGCAAUGCCGCUCUGCAAGCAAUUCGAGACCGAUUCAACCCUUUCGAGAUCAAGGCUCCUAGCAACAGAAGCAAAUUCGAAGCGACGACUCGCGAUGGCCCCUCAACAACCGCGAAGGGGUAUCGUCCAGGUGUUACCAAAUCUCUGGGCGAGGAAAGGCGCCGUGCCACACUACUGAAGGAGAUGCAUGAUCGCCACAAGACCGGCGGAUUAGUCGAUCGCCGUUUCGGUGAAAAUGAUCCCACCAUGACCCCCGAAGAACGAGCCGCCGAACGAUUCGCCAGAGAAAGUCAGAAAAAGAUGCGCAAGGAAUCGAUGUUCAACCUUGAAGAUGAGGAGGAAGAUUUCAAACUCACUCACAUGGGUCAAUCAUUGACCCUUGACGGGAAGACUCUCGACGAUUUCGAUGCCGAAGGCCUGGGCGGUGGAGAAUCCGACGACGAAGGAUCGCGGAAACGGAAACGAGCCCUCCCUGAAGAUGGAGAGGAAGAGGAAGAGGAAGAUGAGGACUUUAUUGAUUUUGGAGCUGAGGGCGAGGGUAACCCCGAACGCAAGAAGUCCAAGGCCGAGGUUAUGAAGGAGGUUAUUGCCAAAUCUAAAUUCCACAAGCACGAGCGUCAACAAGCCAAGGAAGAUGACGAUGAUCUACGAGAUGAACUGGACAAGGAACUUCCUGACCUAUUCGAGGCCCUACGCGGUAUGAAGGCUCCGCCCAAGCAAGAUGAACCUGCCCAGCAGGACCUGGCAGCUAUGAACCCAGAGCGCGCGGCUAUGAUGCAAGCACCGGAGCAGCAGGACACAGAAAAGCAAUACGACCAACGACUCAAGCAAUUGACCUUUGACAAGCGGUCCGCACCUACGGAUCGUACGAAGACCGUUGAAGAAAAAGCCGAGGAGGAAGCCGAACGACUGAAGAAAUUGGAGGAUGAUCGACUCAAGCGAAUGCGUGGAGAGAACGUCAGUGAUGAUGAAGAUAUGGCAGACGACGAUAAGGAUUCUUUCUUCGCAGGAGAUGAGUCGGAGGAGGAAGAGGAUGAUGCGAUGGCUUUUGGUCUUCCAACCUCUUCGACUGUGCCACGUCCCGCCGAUAUGGGCGUCGAAGAUGAGGAUGACUUUGUCAUCGACGACGACCUUGUUGAGACAAGGUCAAAUGUCAGUCUAUCUUUGGAUGGCAGCGAUGUGGAGGAAGAGGAGCUUUCAGAAGAUGACGAGCCCGAUGUGGCCGAGCAGGAGGACGAGCUCAUCAAUGGAAUGACCCUCCCAACAUCAACAACUGAGACAGCUGUGGGGAUCACUCAAUCCGCCACUGGUAAAUUGGCUUUCACAUACCCUUGCCCGGCCGAUCACGAUAGUUUCCUUGAAAUUAUCCAAAAUGUGCCAGCUCAGGAUGUCCCGACAGUUGUUCAGCGUAUUCGUGCUCUGCACCACCCGCGUCUCAAGCCCGGCAAUAAGGAUAAACUCGGCAGAUUCGCUGAGAUCCUCGUGGAGCAUAUCGCUUAUAUGGCCGACGAGACAGAGGAGCCCUCCUUCGCUGUCAUCGAGAAUAUUUUGCGUCACAUCCAUUCCUUAGCCAAGACCCACGCCAUUAAUGUGGCAACGGCGUUCCGUGCGCGCCUUCGUGAGAUAUCGAAGGUUCGUCCCCUCAAUCUCAUCCCCGGUGACCUCGUCGUUCUGUCCGGCAUCUCGACAAUCUUCCCUACCUCGGAUCACUUCCACGCUGUUUCCACCCCUGCUCAUCUGUGCAUUGCACGAUACUUGGGUCAAUGCAACGUCGAGGACUUGACUGAUCUGGCAAGCGGUGCCUUCGCUGCAAGCUUGAUUGUUCAGUACCAGGCUAUCUCAAAGAGAUACAUGCCGGAAUUCAUCAACUACGUGUUGAAUGCCCUCUGCAAUCUGGCUCCUACAGAAAUGGCCGCCGAGCUUAGAGCUUUUCCCCCUCGAAAGAUCGCAGAGCACCUCCGCCUGGAAUCCUCCAAGAGGAACUCCUCGCGAAAGCUGCAAUUUGACGAUGUCAUCAAGUCGCCUGUCGAUUCCAAGACCGAGGAAGAACUUAAGAUGUCUCUUAUCACCACAUUCGCCUCUCUUCUUGGUUCCUCUUCGGACAUCUGGUCCGAGAAGUCUGCCUUCACCGAAAUUUUCACCCCGGCGCAGGUUGUACUCCAGCAUAUCUCCAAAUCUUUCAAGAACAAGGUCUUGCCCGUCAAAUCGGCUCUGGAUAAGAUCAACGCGCACCUGAGCCAAGCCCAUCUCACCCGCCGCCCACUCUUCCUCCACGACCACAAGCCGCUAGCUAUCAAAUCCGCCAUCCCCAAGUUCGAGGAGAACUUCAACCCAGACAAGCACUACGACCCGGACCGCGAGCGUGCCGAGACCAACCGCCUCAAGAAGGAGUACAAGCGCGAGAAGAAGGGUGCCAUGCGCGAGCUGCGCAAGGAUGCCAGCUUCGUUGCACGCGAGAAGCUGCGCGAGAAGAAGGAGCGCGAUUCCGAGUACGAGAAGAAGUACAGGAAGCUCAUUGCCGAGAUCCAGAGCGAGGAGGGUCGCGCGGCGAACAAUUACGAGAAGGAGAAGAGGCUUCGCCAGGGCAAGCGCUAA